AUGCGUGUUGCAGCCGCUGCAUUGGCCACCAAGCGAGACGAAACGCUCGGCGGGACCGCCGCGCAGACGAGCGCUGUGAAGCGCGAGACGCAGGCGCUGGAGCCCGAGGCCAGUCCGGACGCGAACGCAGACAGUGCGAGCGGUGGGCCGUCGAUGAAGAUGGAGGACGAUGCGCUGACGAAGAGCCGGGACGACGGCAAACGGCGUCAACGACGCACGAGCAUGAAGAAGGUGAAGUACGUGCAAGAGGACGGCAUGUCGGAGGAGGAAGAGGUGCUGCUGGCGGACAAGAAGAAGCGGGCGCAGCAACUGGACUACCAGCUGAGAGCAGACGUCGGCUACCCGCGAUUGGACCAAAUUGUUGGUCGACGCAUGAACGAGUCGACGGGACUCGUGGAAUACUUGUGCAAGUUCCUCGGUCGGUCCUAUUUGCACCUGUAUUGGCUCACUUUUGAUGAAGUGGAUCUUUUUAUUCCAGAAGGGUACCAAAAGUUUCAUCGCGUGCAUGUGUACGACCGAAAGCUGAGACGCGAGGGGUACCAACCGCUAGACGAAGUUGAUGAUUUGGAGGCAAACAAACUGACAGUCGAAAAGAUUUUGAAUCACAAGGUGGACCCGGCCAGCCACUUAGACGAGCAGAUUGAAAAGCGCCGACAGCAGCUGCUGUACGAGCCAAGGUUUCCUCGUAUGACGGACUAUUUCUUGAUGGAUAAGACUGACGCAAUUCCUGAGCGCAUGCUGGGCAUUGUGACGAAGCUGAUGAAAGAACCGGGUGGCGAUAUUUUUGAGCACCCCGUUGAUGUCGAAGAGGUCCCCGACUAUCUCAACGUUAUCACGAAUCCUAUCGACCUGGGAACGAUAUUUACGCGAAUCGGUCGCGAAAGUUACUACGUUGGCUCAUCCGCUGUGUCGUUGUUUGCCUCAGACGUGCGACUGGUGUUCCACAACUGCAAAACGUACAAUGCUGAAGGAUCCGUCAUCUGGCAUACUGCCGACGAGCUUCUGCGCUGCUUUGAAAAGUGGUUGUACGAGUGGAUUCUUUGUCCAACGGCUUGGCUGAAGCUCCCGUCCACAGGAAACACGAAAGAGGAGCUAAACCUUUACAAAGAGUUUCGUGCGGAAGCCGAAAGCUUAUAUGACGUAUGGGCGCCUUGGCAGGUUGGCUGUUGCGUGUGUGGGAGCAACGGUCAUAGCGAGGAGCUCUUGCUGUGCGAUCGGUGCGAUGGUGAGGUUCACAUGCGCUGUGCUACCCCGGCCAUCUCGGACUUACCGGAUGGUGAGUGGUUCUGCGGGUAUUGUCGAACGCAUACAAAGUUUAGUGAGAAUAUGGACGAGACAAGGCAGAAAUGUGCUGAUGACAAGACCGUUGGGACAGGGGCCUCUACUGAAACACUUGAUGGUGCUGUUCUUCCGACAUUGGGUGCAACCACAGCUUUUUCAUCCAACAUGAAACCAGCCACCUCAGUAGUGCAGACGCCGAGGAUUCUCAUGAAACGCGCAGACGGCGAAGGCAAAGUAAACAAGAAGACAUCGAAACGCGGUCUCAAAGGUAGCAAUGCGACAAAGAGCUUGGCGCCUAUCAGUGUAAAAGAUCGUGCUGCCACGUUUUUCUUGGUCAAGUGGGUUGGCAUGUCAGUGCGCUUUUCGACUUGGGAACGCCCUGAAGAUAUUGGCGACGAUGAACAGAUCCACAGGUACUUCAAGUUUAGUCGUGUGCCUAGUGCAAAGGAGAUAGGUGAAACUACGUGUCAGUUGCCGUGCUGUGCCAAGAGACAUCAGUAUGCGCUGGCAACCAGCACGAAUGGGGCGAAAUGCUGUGUGAAAGAUCGCUUUUGUACUCUGGGAUUUAGCCACGGAGGGGAUUGUAGCCGUAGUAUCAAAGCUUUGGGAGGAGCCUACGGCAGCAGCGCCUAUCGACGUUUACACAUGGCGGAGCAAGUGAAGGCGCAGUUGUUUGCUUUCCAUUGCUUGCUGAACAACCACACACCCGACAGAGACGUGCUCAAACAGUGUGGCGCUUGCACGAACGCAUACGUCACCACAAAACAGCACCUGACACGGGUGGUCGUUAAAGAGGACGAUGAUGAAGACUACUCAGAUGGAGAUGGAGCUUCAUCUGAUGAUGAUGCCGACUUCGACGCCGAGCAUGAUUAUUUGAACCGGACUGCUCUUUAUCCGGGGAUACUGACCUUUGAGAGUGAGGGCGACGAUGACGAUGACGAGAGUAGAAGUCACAAAAAGAAAACCGGGGAAGAAGUCGGGGAGGUACUUAGCUCUCUGAUUGAGCACGUUGCGCUUGGAUACCCGACCGACCUCGAAGCUGUCAGUGCCGAAUGUCGGUUCGACUCGACAUACCCCGCGACAGCUUUCAAUGACCUUUUGGCUUUUUCGGAGUUUUGUGUCAUGCUAGGCCGAUCCCCUUUCGGUCUAGGUAUGCGUCUUGGAAUCAGCAGUACUAGUAGCGUAUCAGUUUUAGGAUUCCAGAUGCUGGCAAAUGGCAUGAUGGGCCCUGCGCAGGCAUCUGGAGCUAUUUCGAUCGGUGAUGUGCUAGUCGCUGUGAACAAGGUAUCGGUGGCCGGUCUUUCGUUUCAAGACGUUGUUGGGUUGAUCGGUGCGUCUCCCAACCAAAUUCUCUUCCACUUCCAUUCACCAAGACCUGCGUUCAUGUACCCUCCAUACUGCCAAGCAAAGCAAGUUACGAAGAUACGCUUGGAAACGAUUCCAGUCGAUGCGGCCCCAGACGACUCGAAUUUUGCAGACUUUAGCUACAACAAGUACAAACGGAUGCUCAAAGUUGGAGUAGCAGACUCGAGUGUGGCAGCAUCAGCUUCGGCGCAGACGUCGCUGCAGCAUUCCAACUACAUCGCGCCGACCGGUCCCAUGCAACAUUUGUAUGCAGGGGUCGUGGACAACAGUAUUGAUCCGCACGAGCAUUUUGCGAGCUUUCUUCCAGAACGAGGCAGUUCAUCGAACGGACGACCGAACGACAGGCUUGGCGCUGCAACUAAGCAUGGAGACGCGAAUGAAUUCGUGCCGUAUGAACAGUCGCCGACGUACAAAGGCGGUCGCACACUGCGUACUUACCAAGUGGAAGGUCUCAACUGGAUGGUAUCGUGCAUCAAAGCCCAGCGAUCGUGCAUACUGGCUGAUGAAAUGGGGCUGGGAAAGACAGUGCAAAUUGUGUCGCUGAUCGAGCACAUGAAGUCAGAGGAGUCUAUUCGUGGACCGUUUCUGAUUGUCGUACCGCUUUCUACGAUACAGCACUGGCGUCGCGAAAUCGAAAGCUGGACGGAUCUCAAUGUUUGCGUUUAUCACGACAUUGGAGACCGUACAACCAAGUUUACUGCAAAAGAUAUGCGUACGGUCAUUCGGGAUCAAGAAUGGUACUACCCGGGUUUGGGAAAUUCGAUUUUUAAGUUUCACAUCUUGCUGACUACGUUUGAGACCAUUCUAGCUGACUUCGAAGAGUUCGAGCACAUUCACUGGCGAUUAGUUGUGGUGGAUGAGGCACACCGACUGAAGGGUGCCGGGUCACGCGUGCUGAAGAUGAUGCGCGUGCUCCACGUGGACCGGAAGGUAUUGCUGACGGGAACACCAUUGCAGAACAAUACGCAAGAGCUCUGGGUGUUGUUGAAUUACCUAGAACCAGUAAAGUUUGCGAGUUUGGACGAGUUUAACAAGCACUUUGGAAAGUUGCAUUCUCAGGAGCAGGUUGUACGACUUCAGCAGCUGCUGUCGCCGUACAUAUUGCGCAGAGUGAAGGAAGAUGUGGAAAAAAGCAUUCCGCCAAAGGAAGAAACGAUCAUCUCUGUCGAAUUGACGACGCUGCAAAAGCAGUACUAUCGAGCCAUCUACGACAAAAAUAAAAGCUUCCUGUACCGAGGUACGAAGAACGGUUUACCAACGCUGAACAACAUUCAGCUGCAGCUGCGAAAGUGCUGCAACCACCCUUUCCUCAUCAAAGGUGUUGAAGAGAGGGAGCUGGACGAACUCGGCAGCAAUCCGACCCCGGCCCAAGUGAUAGAAAAGACGAUUGAAUGUUCUGGUAAAAUGAUGCUUGUGUCCAAAUUGAUUCCGAAGCUAAAGCGGGAUGGGCACAAGAUCUUGAUAUUCAGCCAGUUUCUGAAGCAGCUAGACUUACUCGAGCGCUAUUGCGAUGCCAAUGCUUUUGUGUAUGAACGUUUGGACGGCUCGACUGGUGGAAGCAUGCGUCAGAGUGCGAUCGACCGUUUUUCUCGACCACACUCGAAGUCUUUUGUGUUUUUGCUUAGCACGAAGGCUGGCGGUGUGGGCAUUAACCUUAUUGCAGCCGACACAGUCAUUAUUUUUGACAGCGAUUGGAAUCCGAUGAACGAUUUGCAAGCCCAGUCACGCUGCCACCGUAUCGGCCAAAAGAAGAGUGUGCAGAUUUACCGCUUGGUCACACGGAACACGUAUGAAAGCGAAAUGUUCGACCGUGCGUCACGAAAGCUUGGUCUUGAGCACGCCGUGCUGGGUACAGCUUCGUUCAACGAGAACUCGCAGAUUACGAAGCCAUCUGCGGAGCAACUCGUAGAGCUGCUAAAGCGCGGGGCGUAUGCGCUGAUGAAAGACGACGAUACGGCAUCCAAGGAAUUCGCUGAGCGAGAUAUUGAGACCAUCUUGAAGGAAAACGCUCGUGUUCUUGUUGUAGGGGGCAGUUCCAACCCGCACGCUAGCAAGGGUACAGAGGAUAAUGCGGGUGGUCUGACAACGCCGAUGCAUAAAAAGUCACCAACGAACUCCCACAAACGCAAGUCGCUCGGUGGGAUGGCGGUAGACCGUUCGUCCUUUGUUGCCGAGGGAUCGACAGGUGAGUUGUCCGUGGACGAUCCGAACUUCUGGGAGAAGGUGCUUCCAGGGGCUGUCUCGGUAGAAAUGCUGAGUUUGAAGCUCGAAGAUGGCAGCGCGAUGAGCUCGCGGCAGUCGAAGAUCAAGUUUAUCAGCAAUUUAGAUAUUGCCUUGUCUAGCUUGGUUGCCGAGAUGAGUUCAAACAACAAUCCCGACGAUGGCCGCGUUGGUGGUCGAGAUAUCCAACACGAAUAUGACAUCGCCAUCCAAGUACUGAGUACCGUGAGCUCAAAGUAUCAUGAUGAGUUUUCCAACGAACAGAUUGAUCUCGUGAAGGAGUACUUGACACAGCUCGAAAAGUCGCGCGUCCGAAGCUGCCGCCUAGCACCGUCCCGGUCAAACAUGUACCAAGACGAGGAGUUUGAUACCCCAAAGAAGAAAAAAAGGCGUAGGAGAAGCACUCCAGCAGGCAACAGGAUAGCAAGCAGCGAGGACGAGGCGUACGAUGGUACUCCCGUGAAGAAGAGAGGCAGCAAGCAUCGGCCUCCAAAACAUGUGGGAGCCGUGCGCACAAAGCCUCCAGCAGCCCUUCCCCAAGUCGGCGUUCUUAACGACAGUGACGAUUUGUGCACUCUCUGUGGCGACGGUGGUUUGAUUUUGCUUUGUGACGGCCCAUGCCAUCGCUCGUUUCAUCUGGAGUGUGUGGGCAUGGACAAUGAGCCGAAGGACGAGCAGUGGUUGUGCCCAGAUUGUGCCGAGGGACGUCAUAUGUGCUUGAUUUGCAAGCAGGUGGGCGAAAUGGGCGCUGAGUUUGGAGUCACGCAAUGUUCGGUAGCUAAGUGCGGCAGGUUUUACCACAAGGGCUGCCUCGCUAAGAAUUCGCGCGUCGAGUGGGUGGGUAAGAAGCGAUUCCGUUGUCCAAGUCAUUUCUGCCAUACCUGCUUGCAGAGUAGUAGUCGAACGACUGCUACUACAAAACGCAAGAAGAAAGACAAGACCCAGAGCAGUGUUGUGAGCUGUAUUCAUUGCUCGCAAGCCUUCCACCCAGAGUGCAUUACGUCUUCAGACAAGUUUAUUCGGCUGUCUACGAACCUCAUGAUUUGCGCCAAUCAUUUGGACGGGAAACAGGCGCCAGCUCCUGCGGGUCCAUCAACUGGACCGAAAGCGGCGAACCGCCGUGUCGCUGGUACAGCACUGACUGCUGCGACAGCACAGCAACGAGUGCAAGUUCCAGAGCAGCCUGCUUCUUUGGACAAACAUGAGGCAGAAGAAGGAGGGAGAACGUCAGAUGGCAAGCGCAAACGCGCAUUGUCCUCCUCGAACGGAGUCAGCUCGAGCGCAUCGAAGAGAAAAAGAUCGGCGUCUUUGGAUAAAUCCGUCGCGAAAUCGACUAAAGCCAAGGUAUGUGGGUUGUGCCACCGCGGAAAUGUCGUGGGAGGUGGUGAUGCGCAAGGAUUGCCACCGCGACCUCACGACAAAGGAGCGCGCAAUGGCACCGCACGUGCAAGCGCAGGCUCAGCUGGGCCUGCUACUACAGGCACAGCCCUUGAGGGGCCUUUCAUUGAAGCUCCAGUUCGUUUCAAACACGCCGACAAGUCGACCGAGACUGUGUACGUGCACUUGAACUGCGCCAUGCACUCGCCAGAGGUGUACGUCAAGGCCGACGGUCUCAUAAUGAAUUUGCCCAAGGCAAUCAAGCGCGGACGGCAGCUCAAGUGUACUGGUUGCCAUCGCUUUGGUGCCACAGUGGGCUGCAUUGUCGCCAAGUGUCGACACAACUACCAUUUGCGCUGUGCUGUGGAAAGUGGCGGGGAGAUUGACAGCUCCACCACCGAGGGCGCGGCGCUCACGUUAAUGUGCUCCUCGUGCAGCACGAAGUUCCACCCAAAGUGCAUCAACAUGUCGGCUCGCCACGCGGCUCGAAAGGCAAAGACGUGGCGCAAGAAGCUGAAGAAGGAUCGCGUGGGCGUGCCGCGGAAUAAGUCGCGACCGCCGAGGAUGACGAUGCCAAGCAAUAGACCUCACGGGACGUCGCCUCCUAAGGAGGAGACUGACUUGGAUAGCGGCGUGAUCACCACAGACGAGUAG